UUUAGUUUUUUUGGCCGAUCCCCCCCAAAGGUCAUUCUGGUGAUAGUGAGGGUGAUCAAAUUGGCUUACAAGGUCUGAAACAUAUUUGUCUUCUUUAGACUUAGGCUAGGUGGCGCAAGCUACUGCCCGUUACUAAGGGUAUAACCAUUGACAUCCAUCCAUCCAUCAAUCAUCGUGAUCGUGAUGGCGUAUCGCGAUCCGCCAGGAUCCGUCAAAAAGGAUGAAGUUUUCAGAGCAAGCAUGAUCUCACACAAACAGCAUUUUCUGGCCUGGUCUUUAAGCAGCCUCGCCAGGCUCACGACUUUGCGGUCGACUUCUAACGUAAGUUUCGACGCGUCGCUUUUCUCAGACGAGCGCAAGCAAGCUUGCAUGAAAACACUCGCCCGAACCUCCGAAAACUACAGUCGGGUGUUUCGAAACGUGAAAACGGACGUCGUAGCCGCUGUCCUGGUGCCUUUUUGCCUGAACCCAAGGGGGGAACCUUCUGUCCUUCUAACCCUGCGGUCUCGAAAGCUCUCUCGACACGGCGGAAUCAUCAGCUUUCCUGGCGGCAUCGCCGACACGACGGACGCAUCGGACGUGAGCACCGCACUCCGUGAAACCCAGGAAGAGCUUGGACUUCCUCCUACCGACGUUGACGUCUGGGGAAGCAUGAACGCCCUGCCCUCCCUCGGUUCGAAGAUAUUAGUGACUCCGGUGGUGGGUUACGUGCGGUCGUCUUCGUCGCCAGCCUUCAUCGACGAGCUGGUUGUGAACAUGGACGAAGUGGAGUGUGUCCUAGUUCCGACCUUAAAGAGUCUCUGUGAUCCCGAGGGCUGGGAAUACACGCAAUGGACGCACCCGGGAGUACCUGGUCAUGUUUCGCCCGUGUUUAAGCUGGACGGAAGGGACGACAGGGUGUGGGGCCUCACUGCGAGGAUACUGCAUUUAGCUCUCGGUGCGCUUGUACCGGAAUCGUACUCGCGGGAGUACCCGCCCAAGCUGCUCAAUCUCAAGGGCUCGAAUAGUCCCUUGUAGGGAAGGUGCAGCUACUAGAUGUGUCGUUUGGUAUAUUUCUGCAAUGGUUAUAGUAUUGAUAAUGUUUCCAAUUAUUUCUUCAAAGAUGUGCGUUGAUAAGCAGCAAGAACAAAAAGAGAAGGGAAGCCGAUGCGGCCUAUAUGCGAGACUCGCGCUACAGAGGUUUUGGAAAUAAAGCUUAUAACUUUAUUUGUU